AUGUCGUCAAAGCCCUUCGUUCUAUUUUUCAACCCAGUGCAACAUGCCAUACCCUUCUUCCAAAAGCUGCAAGAGGUCGCGCACACGGAGGUUGUCACAAGCAAAAGCAGGAAGGAGUUUUUCAAGGAUAUCACGGACAAGUACAAGAAUAUCUUUGCCGUUUACCGGACAUCUGCUAGCGGUACUGUAGCCGGAAAAUUUGAUGCUGAGUUAAUCGAGCGUUUGCCUCGAAGCUGCAAAUAUAUAUGCCAUACUGGUGCCGGAUAUGACCCGAUCGACACGAGUGCGUGCGCCAAAAGGGGCAUCAUAGUCACCAACGCUCCGGAUCCUGUAACCGAUGCGACCGCCGACUUGGCCAUCUUCCUCAUGUUGGGUUCCUUACGACACCUAAAUCCAUCUAUGUCCUCUCUGCGUGCAGGGAAUUUCAAGAAGGGGGUUGAAUUCGGCCACGACCCCCAGGGCAAGACCCUGGGUAUCCUUGGAAUGGGGCGCAUCGGCCGUGCUAUCAAACACCGCUGCGAUUCCUUCGGUCUCAAGACCGUCUACCACAACCGUAACCCUCUCCAGUUUGGACAGAAUGCUGGGGCUGAGUACAUAUCAUUCAGGAAGUUGCUUGCGGAGAGCGACAUCAUCAGUGUUAAUGUACCUCUGAACGCCCACACGAAGCACUUGAUUGGUGCAGCGGAGAUCGCUCUGAUGAAGCCUGGUGUUGUUCUCAUCAACACAGCACGAGGUGCCAUCAUUGACGAGGCUGCCAUGGCCGAUGCGCUGGAAAGCAACCAUAUUGCCGCCGUGGGCUUGGACGUUUAUGAGCGGGAGCCCGAAAUCAAUGAGAAGCUCAUGAAGCAAGAGCGUGCCCUGAUGGUUCCACACAUGGGGACUCAUACCACGGAGACACUGGGUAAGAUGGAAAAAUGGGCAAUGGCGAACGUGCGGCGUGCGAUUCUUGGUGAGCCGCUCCUGUCGCCUGUUCCGGAGCACCAGUCGCUGGUCAACAGUAAGACAGAUUAA